AUGGUGUUCGAUAACGUAGAAAAGGGAGAUUUUCGAUUGGUACGAUUCACGGAUGAUAAUAUCCUCUAUGUGUGUCCUAAAACUAGAUUUAGAUUAAAUGGUUUAGAACCAGAAGUAAAAUGGCCCCCUGAUGGAAAAUGGUAUAAAGUGGAAAUAAUAGCUACUGGUGGCCUUAUGAACUCAAACAAUGCACAAUCAAAAUUGGAAGAUACAACUUACUUACAAAAAAGUUGCAACAAAAAUGUAUCCAAAAAUAGAAAUGAAAAAUUGGCAAAAUUGCCGAAAACCCUGAUUGAAGGGUCAUUAACUACAAUCAAUGAUGAAAAUGAAAAAGAAAAUAAAAAGAAAAGAAAACGAUAUAAUUUCAACAAUGGUGAAGUGAACAAGGAAUGUAAAAAUCUAGAAAAACAAAGAAGAGCAUCGAAACAAGGGUCAUGUGAAAUAGAAAACAACGAUUUAAAAAUAAGUAAGAUAUCAUGGACUGGAAACGAGAAGAGAAAAUGGGACAAAAGAUUUGUAUGUCUCUUCUGCAGUAAGGCAUUUACUCAACUUCCUAAACAUUGGUACAGGAAACACUCAAAUGAGGUUGAGGUAGCAAGAAUUCUAAGCCUUGAGAAAAAUUCUAGUCAAAGAAAUAUUUUAAUAGCGGAUCUUCAAAACAAGGCCGUUUUUAAACAGAAUACCCAAGUUAUCACGGGCGGUGAAGGUGAAAUAGUUACUUAA